AUGUCUUUCCCUUUCUUCUCUUUGGGCUUUGCCCCUCGCUCUCUCACAUUCCCGACCAGCAACGUUGUCAAGGCUAUCGCCAUUGCGUCGCUCGCCGCGCUGUCGGUCAAGAUGCUUCUGAACACUGUCGCGCCCUCGCAGGCCAACGACGAUCAUGAGUGCCGUCCCGCUGAUGACAAGACUGCACAAGAUGCGGAGUUGCCCAAGAACAACACGUCUGCCACUUCUACAGAUAACGGUACUGCCGACAGCAUGACCGAUAACAAGGCUUCUGACUUCACCGAAGUUGUCACCGCCCCCAAAGAUAUCAAACUUAACAAGGACGUCGAGAUUUCCGACGACAACAAGGUCAUCCAAGGCGCUGACAGCACUGCCACCACCGACGACACAGAGAUCGAUAUCGACGCCAAGGAACUUUGCGUCUCUCAGCACGACGACAUCCAGGAGAUUCCUAUCCAUGCUACUCCCGUUUUGACCGAAAAGGACCUCGCUCUGAACUCAUCAAAUGGAGUACGCUCCUACCACCAUUCCUUCCCGGCUAUCGAUAUUGUCGAGGUCGUCGAGGUCCCAUCUAAGCAACCUAGUGUCCGAUCUUACCACCAUUCUAUGCCUGAUAUGGAGAUUAUUGAAGUCGUUGACAUACCCUCCGUACAAGCGACGAUCAUUGCCUCGCCAAUUUUGAGUGACAAGGCUGCUAUGCCUAUCGAUGAGGAAGAUAGCAUAAUUUCGAGCGACGCUGCUCCCAACAUGAAGGCUGAAGAAGCCAUUCUUCACCAUGCUCGCAAGAAAUCGACUGCGACCAACUUUUCCACCGAAAGCGAGCAGACUGCCAACACCGAGUCGCCCUCAACUGUCCCUGGCACUCCUGACACCGACUACUCUGUUCUCAAAGUCAACGAUGCCAGCGAGGUCACCCCAAUUUGCGCCAGAAAGCUUGAGGAAGUCAAUGUGCUCACCCCUACUGCCGUUGCCACGACCACUCCUAUUGACCACACCCGAUCGACUUGGUAUGACUUCUCUCACUUGUCACCCGAGGAACUCAAUAACCUCGAUACUGUCAUCGUUAUCGAUCGCCCGGAUAAUGGUGUCUCCUACGCUCAGCUCUCAUGCGGCUUCUGGUAUCGCAUGGACAAGGAGGACAAUCCCGUCAUGAUGACUCAGGAAGAGUACGAGGACCUGUUGGCUUGGUUUGCCAGCUUCAAGAAAGAGAAGGAAAACACCAAGAUUUCUAUUCCUGCCGUCAUAGUCACAGAUGAAGAGGGCAACGAGUUCCCCGCAGAGGAGAUUGAGUAUCCCGUCCUGGACGUCAUCGAGGUCAAUCAACUCACCCCUUUCACCAACAAGGAGGCUGAGCAAACUCAGACUCAACCUAAACCGACCACUUCUACUAUCGUUGAGAGGAUUCCCUCCAAGUGGUACAAUUUGACUCCCAUGUCUUCCGAGGAGUCAGUCGAUCUGGAGACUGCUACCGUCAUUGACCGCCCCGACAAUGGAAUCGCAUAUGUUCAACCCCUUGGUGGCUUAUGGUACCGCCUGGACGAGGCCGACAAUGCCCUGAUGAUGACGCAAGAAGAGUAUGAGGACCUCUUGGCUUGGUUUGACAGCUUCAAGGAGGUCAAGCAGGUAGUCAAGCUACCUCCUCCUGUCGUUCUCGUCACCGACGAAGAUGGAAACGAGUUCCUUGCCGAAGAAGAUGACAUGAGCUUCACCACCACACAGCACGAAAAUCGCCCUGAGUGUGGAACUAAGUAUGUCCUUCUCACCAAUGGCGAGUGGCAUUACCUCAACGAGGACGCUCCAACUGCCAAUCCGAUGACUGAAGACGGUUACGAAGAGUUUGUCUUCUGGCUGCACGAGAAACAGGCGGAAGAGGAUGAGAGACUGGAGUCAGAGGACGAAAUCCCCGACCAGAGCUCCAAGGGAAUCGAGCUCUUCGCCUAUGCCGAUACCAUUCAGGACGCCAACGACACCAACAAUGCGCAAGAGGUUUCAGACGAGCUUGAGCAGUUGGGAGAGGCCGAGUAUAUCGGCACCAACUGGAACAUCGUUGGAAUCUUCGAUCACCCUGACGGCGACAAGCAAUUUGCCAUGGGCAGCGAUAAUCAGGUCUACUGGCUGAUCGACGGUAUGUUCUGUCUUCUUGACGAAGACGAACUGGACCGCUUCAACAGGUGGAGGGAUGGCGACAAGUCUGCCCUCUAUGGCUCCAUGAAGCAGUUGGAAAGCCCCCAUGGAAAGAAGUCGGAGCAGAAGUGGAAGAUGCCUGACUUGAAUGCGAUCAUUGAGGAGGAUGAGGAAGAGGCCGAGAAGGCGGCGGAGGAGUACGUCCCAAAGAAGUGGAACAACUGGGGUUUGUACACGAUCGAGGAGGAGGAGGAACAGUACGAGGAGGAGUAUUCAGUGUGGUGA